AUGUGUCACUCACAAAUCGGCUCCUUUUAUGUGCCACUCCCAACAUGUUUUCCCUUUAUACCAUUCACAAUGCAUCACUCUCGUCCUGUCUUCCACUAUUUGUCAUUAAUAACCUAUCUUCCAUUAUGUGUCACUCACAAGCUCUCAACCACUAUGUGCGCAUUACGGGCGUCUGGCGACAGCGAACGAAGGCCGGCCAACAACUUCGACGGACUUACGCACUUACCUUCUAAGGCAUUACGGGCGUCUGGCGACAGCGAACGAAGGCCGGCCAACAACUUCGACGGACUUACGCACUUACCUUCUAAGGCGCAUUACGGGCGUCUGGCGACAGCGAACGAAGGCCGGCCAACAACUUCGACGGACUUACGCACUUACCUUCUAAGGUCGCGAACGGACUUACGCACUUACCUUCUAAGGCGCUCGUCUGGCGACAGCGAACGAAGGCCGGCCAACAACUUCGACGGACUUACGCACUUACCUUCUAAGGCGCAUUACGGGCGCGCAUUACGGGCGUCUGGCGACAGCGAACGAAGGCCGGCCAACAACUUCGACGGACUUACGCACUUACCUUCUAAGGCGCAUUACGGGCGUCUGGCGACAGCGAACGAAGGCCGGCCAACAACUUCGACGGACUUACGCACUUACCUUCUAAGGCGCAUUACGGGCGUCUGGCGACAGCGAACGAAGGCCGGCCAACAACUUCGACGGACUUACGCACUUACUAAGGGCGCAUUACGGGCGUCUGGCGGACUUACGCGAACGGGCGUCUGGCGACAGCGAACGGCCAACAACUUCGACGGACUUACGCACUUACCUUCUAAGGCGCAUUACGGGCGUCUGGCGACAGCGAACGAAGGCCGGCCAACAACUUCGACGGACUUACGCACUUACCUUCUAAGGCGCAUUACGGGCGUCAACGACAGCGAACGAAGGCCGGCCAACAACUUCGACGGACUUACGCACUUACCUUCUAAGGCGCAUUACGGGCGUCUGGCGACAGCGAACGAAGGCCGGCCAACAACUUCGACGGACUUACGCACUUACCUUCUAAGGCGCAUUACGGGCGUCUGGCGACAGCGAACGAAGGCCGGCCAACAACUUCGACGGACUUACGCACUUACUUCUAAGGCGCAUUACGGGCCGAACGAAGGCCGGCCAACAACUUCGACGGACUUACGCACUUACCUUCUAAGGCGCAUUACGGGCGUCUGGCGACAGCGAACGAAGGCCGGCCAACAACUUCGACGGACUUACCUUCUAAGGCGCAUUACGGGCGUCUGGCGACAGGCGAACGAAGGCCGGCCAACAACUUCGACGGACGCAUUACGGGCGUCGUCUGGCGACAGCGAACGAAGGCCGGCCAACAACUUCGACGGACUUACGCACUUACCUUCUAAGGCGCAUUACGGGCGUCUGGCGACAGCGAACGAAGGCCGCCAUUACGGGCGUCUUCUAAGCGGGCGUCUGACAGCGAACGAAGGCCGGCCAACAACUUCGACGGACGGAUUACGGGCGUCUGGCGACAGCGAACGAAGGCCGGCCAACAACUUCGACGGACUUACGCACUUACCUUCUAAGGCGCAUUACGGGCGCGCAUUACGGGCGUCUGGCGACAGCGAACGAAGGCCGGCCAACAACUUCGACGGACUUACGCACUUACCUUCUAAGGCGCAUUACGGGCGUCUGGCGACAACGAACGAAGACGGACUUACGGCCAACAUUACGGGCGUUGGCGACGGAACGAAGGCCGGCCAACAACUUCUUACGCACUUACCUUCUAAGGCGCAUUACGGGCGUCUUAAGGCCGGCCAACAACUCUUCCUUCUAAGGCGCAUUACGGGCGUCUGGCGACAGCGAACGAAGGCCGGCCAAACGGACUUACGCAACGCAUUACGGGCGUCCGGCGACCGGAACGAAGGCCUUCGACGAACUUAA